AGUCACGUGAGGCUCAGAUCCCGGGUGGGAGGGGGUUGGCAUAGGGGGUCUGGCGUGUCAGUGAAAGAAGAAGAUGGCGGGAUGCAGGGGGUCCUUGUGCUGCUGCUGCAGGUGGUGCUGCUGCUGCGGUGAGCGUGAGACCCGUACCCCCGAGGAGCUGACCAUCCUUGGAGAAACACAGGAGGAGGAAGAUGAGAUCCUUCCAAGGAAAGACUAUGAGAGUUUGGAUUAUGAUCGAUGUAUCAAUGACCCUUACCUGGAAGUUUUGGAGACCAUGGAUAAUAAGAAAGGUCGCAGGUAUGAGGCGGUGAAGUGGAUGAUGGUGUUUGCCAUUGGAGUCUGCACGGGUCUGGUGGGUCUCUUUGUGGACUUCUUUGUGCGCCUCUUCACCCAGCUCAAGUUUGGAGUGGUACAGACAUCGGUGGAGGAAUGCAGCCAGAAAGGGUGCCUCGCCCUGUCCCUUCUUGAACUCUUGGGUUUCAACUUGAUUUUUGUCUUCUUGGGGAGUCUUCUCGUCCUAAUUGAGCCUGUGGCAGCAGGUUCUGGGAUACCCGAGAUCAAAUGCUAUCUGAACGGAGUGAAGGUGCCCGGAAUCGUCCGUCUGCGGACCCUGCUCUGCAAAGCCUUCGGAGUGCUGUUCAGUGUGGCUGGAGGGCUCUUUGUGGGGAAGGAAGGCCCCAUGAUCCACAGUGGGGCCGUGGUGGGAGCUGGCCUACCUCAGUUCCAGAGCAUCUCCUUCCGGAAGAUCCAGGUGAACUUCCCCUAUUUCCGAAGUGACAGAGACAAGCGGGACUUCGUGUCAGCAGGGGCGGCUGCCGGCGUCGCUGCAGCUUUCGGGGCUCCCAUCGGGGGGACCUUGUUCAGUCUGGAGGAGGGCUCGUCCUUCUGGAACCAAGGGCUCACGUGGAAAGUGCUCUUCUGUUCCAUGUCUGCCACCUUCACCCUCAACUUCUUUCGCUCUGGGAUUCAGUUUGGAAGUUGGGGUUCCUUCCAGCUCCCUGGGCUGCUGAACUUUGGCGAGUUUAAGUGCUCUGACUCGGAUAAAAAAUGUCAUCUCUGGACAGCUGUGGAUUUGGGUUUCUUCGUCGUGAUGGGGGUCAUUGGGGGCCUCCUGGGAGCCACAUUCAACUGUCUGAACAAGAGGCUUGCAAAGUACCGUAUGCGGAACGUGCACCCGAAACCUAAGCUCGUCAGAGUCUUAGAGAGCCUCUUGGUGUCUCUGGUAACCACCGUGGUGGUGUUUGUGGCCUCGAUGGUGUUAGGAGAAUGCCGACAGAUGUCCUCCAGCCCAGUCGGGAACGACUCGUUCCUGCUGCAGGUCACAUCAGAUGAUGUGAAUUCAAGUAUCAAGACCUUUUUUUGUCCCAAUGAGACCUACAAUGACAUGGCCACACUUUUCUUCAACCCCCAGGAGGCUGCCAUCCUUCAGCUCUUCCACCAGGACGGUACCUUUAGCCCCAUCACUUUGGCUUUGUUCUUCGUCCUCUAUUUCUUGCUUGCAUGUUGGACUUACGGCAUUUCUGUUCCAAGUGGCCUCUUCGUGCCUUCUCUGCUGUGUGGCGCUGCUUUUGGACGUUUGGUGGCCAAUGUCCUCAAAAGCUACAUCGGACUGGGCCACAUCUAUUCGGGGACCUUUGCCCUGAUUGGUGCCGCGGCUUUCUUGGGCGGGGUCGUUCGAAUGACCAUUAGUCUCACGGUCAUCCUGAUCGAGUCUACCAAUGAGAUCACUUACGGGCUUCCCAUCAUGAUCACUCUGAUGGUGGCCAAGUGGACAGGGGACUUUUUCAAUCAUGGCAUUUACGACAUCCACGUGGGCCUGCGAGGAGCACCGCUUCUGGGCUGGGAGACGGACGUGGAGAUGGACAAACUGCGAGCCAGUGACAUCAUGGAGCCCAACCUGACCUACGUCUACCCGCACACCCGCAUCCAGUCCCUGGUCAGCAUCCUGCGCACCACCGUCCACCACGCUUUCCCGGUGGUCACCGAGAACCGGGGCAACGAGAAGGAGUUCAUGAAGGGCAACCAGCUCAUCAGUAACAACAUCAAAUUCAAGAAAUCCAGCAUCCUCACCCGCGCGGGCGAGCAGCGCAGACGCAGCCAGUCCAUGAAGUCCUACCCGUCCAGUGAGCUGCGCAACAUGUGCGACGAGCACGUCGCCCCGGAGGAGCCAGCCGAGAAGGAGGACCUGCUGCAGCAGAUGCUGGAGCGGAGAUACACUCCCUACCCCAACCUAUACCCUGACCAGUCCCCAAGUGAAGACUGGACCAUGGAGGAACGCUUCCGCCCUCUGACCUUCCACGGCCUGAUCCUUCGGUCGCAGCUUGUCACCCUGCUCGUCCGAGGAGUUUGCUAUUCCGAAAGUCAGUCGAGCGCCAGCCAGCCGCGCCUGUCCUACGCGGAGAUGGCCGAGGAUUACCCGCGCUACCCUGACAUCCAUGACCUGGACCUGACCCUGCUGAACCCACGGAUGAUUGUGGAUGUCACCCCCUACAUGAACCCAUCACCCUUCACCGUGUCACCCAACACCAACGUCUCCCAGGUUUUCAACCUGUUCAGGACAAUGGGGCUGCGGCACUUGCCGGUGGUGAACGCCGUGGGAGAGAUUGUUGGGAUCAUCACCCGACACAACCUGACGUUCGAAUUUCUGCAGGCCCGACUGCGGCAGCACUACCAGACCAACUGAGGGCCUGGCUCCUCGCCGGAGUCCGGGAGGCAGCUCGCUGCGCUCUGCCACCGCAGGCUGCUCCAGGGCCCGCAGGUCCCCGCCGCCCUCCGCUCGGGAAGCCCGAGUCCUGUCAUCGAGCACUCUGCCAGUCAAGACCCUUCAGUUUGGACUUGCCUGACCUUCUCAGCAAGCAUCUUCCCGGUCCCUGCUUCCCGAGCCCCUUCCCUCUGGGCACUGGCUCAGCCUGUCCACCCCACUAACCCCAGAUGGAGGGUGACACCCAGAGCAGUUCCCACCCCCUCUGCUGCUUUCCUAGGGGACCCAGCUGUUGCCUUAAACCGUGACUGGAGGGACUGUGGCCCCGGCAAACACUGGGGGGACGGCAGUUACAAAAUGAAGUGAGUUUCUGGUUCAGCAGUUGGGCACCGAGAGGUUGGCCUCCCCGCUGGGCCACAGCAGUUCGCUGGGGGUGGUCUGCCUCCGGGGCGCGCGCAGGCUCUGGUCUGGCCCCGUGGUCUCCGGCACCGUGGAACCUCCGCGCUCCAGAAGCCAGAGCGUUAAGCCCUGACGGCCGGUGUCUGCAUAAUCCGACAGUGGGGUCAGGUUUACAUCCGCCUGGUUUUCACCUUUGCAGCUUUCUCUUCUUUUCCCACGCUACUUGGUCCCCUAGUGACGCAUUUUACCCAACUCAUCCUUGCUCCCUUCCACCACCACCAAAUUUCCAAACCGUUCUUAGUUUCUGCUGCAUCUUCCUGGUAAAGCCCAGAGGGUCCUGGUUUCCCCCCAGCCCCCCAUGUUGACUGAAAGCAGGGCACCCCUAGAUAAAACCGCUCGGCUCUGGACAGUGGUGCUGUCGUUCCCGGGGGGACGGAGCGAGGCCUGAGCCGACCGCCACGAGGUGCG